AUGAACGAAAAUCUAUUCGCCUCUUUCGCUACCCCAACAAUAGUAGGCCUCCCUAUUGUAAUUCUGAUCAUCAUAUUUCCCAGCAUCCUAUUCCCCUCACCCAACCGACUAAUCAACAAUCGCCUAAUCUCAAUUCAACAAUGGCUAGUCCAACUUACAUCAAAACAAAUAAUAGCUAUCCAUAACAGCAAAGGACAAACCUGAACUCUUAUACUCAUAUCACUGAUCCUAUUCAUUGGCUCAACAAACUUAUUAGGCCUACUACCUCACUCAUUUACACCAACAACACAACUAUCAAUAAACCUAGGCAUAGCUAUUCCCCUAUGGGCAGGGACAGUAUUCAUAGGCUUUCGUCACAAAACAAAAGCAGCCCUAGCCCACUUUCUACCUCAAGGGACGCCCAUUUUCCUCAUCCCCAUACUAGUAAUUAUCGAGACUAUCAGCCUAUUUAUUCAACCUGUAGCCCUAGCCGUGCGGCUAACCGCUAACAUUACCGCCGGACACCUCCUAAUACACCUCAUCGGAGGGGCAACACUAGCCCUCAUAAGCAUCAGCCCCUCAACAGCCCUUAUUACGUUUAUCAUCCUAAUUCUACUAACUAUCCUCGAAUUCGCAGUAGCUAUAAUCCAAGCCUACGUAUUCACUCUCCUGGUAAGCCUUUACUUACACGACAACACCUAA